AUUCUCCUUUUGCCUUGACACUGCUUCUAAGGCCGAACAAACCUCUUGGCGUUUUGUUCUUCGUUGUCUGUACCGCUCUCUCACACGCUUGACUCGGUUAGAUAUGGCCUUUUUCCUAUUGGUUCCUUCUACCAAUCCAAAUGGGUUCCGUUUUUCACUAAAUUGCUGGUCAUGGUCCGAGGAGUUGCUUUCUAAGCGUGAUCGGAGGCUAAACAUCGCUUGGAGGUAUUCAUCCACGCUUUCUCCUGUCCUUUGUCGCCUCUCUCUCAACUCACGUUCCCGCUCAAAGUUUGAUCGUUGCGUCUGGAAUCUCUGCUGCAGUGCGUGCUUCAUAUUUGGCCAAUCUGCUGGUCCUGCCGAGCGUACGUGCAUCCAGUACCAGUCCUUGGCCUGCCCUUCUACCAAGCAGUGGAAAUCUUGCAGUACUUCGCCCCAACUUACUUGGUACACCGUCUACCCCAUCUUCUCGGAUGUACCAUUUCGGGACGCUGUUCCGUUGUUAUUGGCACUCAAGAUUGUUGCCUCGUAUCUUCAGGCCAAUGCCAGGAAGAUUGUUGUGGUGGACGACUUUCCAGAUUCUCACGUUGCUGUCGCUCCAAUACUCUCCCUUGGACAUUGGUGGAUCUCAUCUUGGUGGAUUGCUGAGGCGCUCCUUGAACCGCCUCCCGAAUCUGCUUCAUAA